AUGGACUCGCUGUUCCCGCAAGACUCGUAUGGGACUCGCCCCGUGCUCGUACUCGACGGCGGAAUGGGAACGACACUGCAGGCACCUCCCUUCGAACUGGGAUUGGACUCGGCGCUGUGGUCGAGCGAACUCCUCGCGACAGAGGACGGUCGCGCACAGCUCGAACGGCUCCACAAGACCUGGCUCGAAGCGGGUGCAGACAUCGUCGAGACGUGCACAUACCAAUCCUCCCUGCCGCUCUUCCUCCCCGCCUCGCCUUCUCCCGCCGACAAGUCGACCGCCCUAUCAACCAUGAACGCAGCCCUCCCGCUCGCCGUCUCAUGCUGCUCCUCGCACACCUCCUCGUCCUCCCGCAAGCCUACGACCGCCCUCUCGCUCGGCCCGUACGGCUCGGCGCUCCAGCCCGGCCAGGAAUACAGCGGUGCAUACCCGCCUCCUUUCGGACCCGCAGAGACCGCCGCCAAGGAUGCCAAACCCGCCGACGAGGAAGUCCACCUCGCGGCUUGGCACCUCCAGCGCCUGCAGCAUUUCUCUCAGUCGCCCGCCUUCGACGCCGGCAUUCCCCUCCUCGCAUUCGAGACCGUCCCCUCUCUCACCGAGAUCCUCGCCAUUCGCCGCGCGAUGCACGUCUUCUCAACCUCUUCCAUUCGUUCCAACUCGCCCAAAAAGACGUUCUACAUCUCCCUCGUCUUCCCCCGUAUCAAUGAAGGCACAUCCGCCGAGACAGUCCGAUUCCCCGACCCUUCGCUUGCCCACCUCUCUUCGCUGGCGGACCAAGCGCCUCUGCUCGUCCGUGCCGCACUCGAGCCGCGCGAAGGGUACGCAACGCCUGUCGGGCUCGGCUUCAACUGCACGAGCCCACUGCACGCCUCGUUCGUCGUCGAGGCACUCUCGUCCGCCAUCGCCUCCUCCGCAUCGAUCUCGCAGGCGCAGACGGAGCCGUGGCUCGUCUUCUACCCCGACGGCGGAGCGAUCUACGACGUCCAAACGCGGACGUGGCAGCACCCCGCUGGGCUGACGGACGACGCGUGGGCUUCGCUCGUAGCGAAUGCUGUGAAGGUUGGAAGGGAGGCGCGUGAGGGAGAGGUUUGGGGCGGUGUGGUCGUUGGUGGGUGCUGCAAGGCGGGACCGGGGGCGAUCAGAGCGCUGAAGAAGGAGGUUGUGAGGCGGGGUUGGGCGAAGGAGUGA